UGGGGGGGGGGGGGGGUAGUGGGUAGCACGGUUUGAGACGAGGUGCCACACAUGAUGCUCACGCAUGACGUGCCCAAUAAAAUAUGCAUUUGUUUGUGUUUGUGUGCGCUCCAUUUAUGCUGCGAGCGCUGCAGCCCAAAGGCAGGGUGGCCAGGGCUGGCAAGAGGGUGUUGCGUGGUGGACACUCUGGUAUGGACGGAUCACAGGUGGGUCGGGAGGCGGGCGGCCGCGCCGCGUGCAAGCAACCAGGGGGCGCGCGAUGUCUAGUGUGUGCUAAUCAGCGCAAGGAGUGGGCAUAUGCCGGGGGAUAGCGUGUGUGCAAGUGUGUUUAUUUGUUGCAGGCAGGGACCAUCCUGUGCGUGCGUGCAGGCGGACGGGGAAGACGAGCAGCCGCGCAGGUUGUUACAUCAUCGCAGUUCGCGAGAGCUGAUGCAAUCAAUUGGUGUUGCGCAUGCUUCUUCUUAGUUAGAAAUGUGUUACAACGCUGUCUUGUGACCUCAGCGACGGAGUUCACAGGUUCGUAAAUGAGUGAUUGCCGUACUGGUUCGCCAGCGGCCAAUAUGGCCCGACUGCGCGUCCUGUCCUUAAGAUAAGCCGUUACAAUACACAAUUGAAUAAUCAUUUGUUUGGAUCUACUAGAACGUGCGCAAGCAAACCACGAGAAGUCGAGGAGCCCUUUCGGCCUGCGCGCUGCCGUCUGGACAGCCAACAUGCUUUGCACGAGGGCUGCCAUCGCGUUGGGCAUCCUUCAAGCGCUCCUCCUGCUGGCUCCAAGUGCAUAUGCACAGGCCACUGUAAACGUGACGGGCUACACAUUUUAUCAAAGCCAGGACUACGAUGGCACUAUAUACCCAGGCGCGGACCUGCAGCAGCAGGUGUAUAAGCUGUCCAAUGAGACCAAUGCGCAGUACUACGUGCGCCUGUCGGGGGCAUGCAGCGCUAACUGCUCCUGCGCGGCUUUCAACACCGGAGGCUGGCUGAAGCAGUUCUUCGACCCCGCCAAGCUCAGAUAUUCGUCCUACUACUCGGCCCCCGGCCAGCCGCCCUCUCCCGCGCCACCCUCCCCUGCGCCUCCAUCUCCCCAGCCACCCUCUCCUGCGCCUCCGUCUCCCCAGCCGCCCUCCCCUGCACCUCCCUCCCCCGCGCCGCCCUCCCCCGCGCCGCCCUCCCCUGCGCCUCCAUCUCCCCAGCCGCCCUCUCCUGCGCCGCCGUCUCCCCAGCCGCCCUCCCCCGCGCCUCCCUCACCCGCGCCUCCCUCACCCGCGCCUCCGUCUCCCCAGCCGCCCUCUCCCGCGCCGCCGUCUCCCCAGCCUCCCUCCCCCGAGCCUCCCUCCCCCGAGCCUCCCUCCCCCGAGCCUCCGUCUCCCCAGCCGCCCUCCCCCGCGCCUCCCUCCCCCACACCUCCGUCUCCCCAGCCGCCCUCCCCCGCACCUCCCUCCCCCACACCUCCGUCUCCCACGCCUCCCUCCCCCACACCUCCGUCUCCCGCGCCUCCCUCCCCCACACCUCCGUCUCCCACGCCGCCUGUGCCAGCAGCCAACAACGUCACUGCAGUGCCGCAGACGGCCAACGCCACGACCGCACCGCCACCCGCUCCCCCCAGCCCGAGGCGCCUGGGGGGCGUUGCCAACCUCUUCAGCAGCAAUGCAGAGGCCGCCGCCCGGCCGCCGCGGCUGUCGCUGCUGCUGCUGGCGUCACUGGCGGCGGCGGUGCUGGUGCAACACGUGGCGGCGGCGGCGGCUGGCGGCGGCGGCGGCUGCAAGACGACUGCCGGAUGGUGGUGAACUAGUUGCUGCUACCGUUUGCAUGGGCACUAAGACUUGUGGAGAGAGCAGGUCAGUCAUAUAUAAGUACUCGCGUACGUUGUAUUGAUUGACCAUUCAUUGUUGGCACGCAUAGCGUUAAUUCAUCCCACGCACGCGCGUUGAUUGUCUGGUCAACCAAGGUCGGUUAGCAACUGGGUCGGUGCGUGGCUGUGUCCUGAUGCAAUCAAGUGUGUGGUUACAACACAUGAUGUAUGUUCAGUGUUUGUGUCUCUAAUACGAGUGUGUCGCUCGGUUUCUCCCAUCGCAUGCCUGCUGUAUGUCCGGCAGCAGUGAUAGGUGCAUCAGGGUGCAUUCGCAGGGGUGCCUGUGCAAUGGUUACGUACGUACGUGCAUGUGCCAUGCGUGUGUAUGUCACAAGGCCAACAUCAAUUUUUGCGCUCGUGUUCUUAUUACCAAAUCCAAUGAAGUUCAUUUUGGUUUAGCCCGGGAAACAUCAGGUAACUGACAGGAUCCGGCACGGCAUGCCCGUAAGCAAGCAAGCAAGCAACGGGCCACUUCGCUGUAACACGUGAAUGUGCACACUGUCAUGAAUGGUGCACCGAGCAAAUGAGCGCCUUCCAACCUUUAUUCCAACUACCCCAGCAGUCGCCAGACGCCGCAACCCCACCUUCGGCGCUUACAAUGCGGUACUCGUCUCUCACGCGCCCACAGCAGGCCCCACGCGUUCCACAGCACCUUACACGCCAUUCAAGCAGGCCUCGCUCCUCCUCCUC